AUGGCGGAGGGAAAUUAUCCCCGGACUGGUGAAUGGACCACUGACUGGUGCGGAUGCUUCGAUGACAUCAGCUCAUGCUGUUGCGUUCUCUUUUGUCCCUGUGUCGCCGUCGGCCGAAUCGCUGAGAUUGCUGACUCAGGAGAUACUGAUGCCUGCGAGGCGUGUUGCUGCUGGUACCUGAUCCAAGCCUGUACCUUCGGUUCCCUUGGUUGCCUCUAUUCCAAAGGAAAACGUCUGAAGUUGCGGAGGAAGUACGGCCUUCCAGCAAAGCCUUGUGGCGACUGCUUGAUGCACUGGUGCUGCGCCAUAUGUUCCAUCUCCCAGGAGUACCGCGAGCUGCAGAACCGCGGCUGGAAGCCGUCGCUGGGUUAUUCGCAAAACAAGAACAACAGUCCGCCUCCUCAGCAGUUCAUGACUUGA